AUGAGUGAACGGGGUUCGGAGAUCGUGUUUCGCGCGGAGAACCUGCCGAUCCGGUUCUUCAAGGCGUGUCGGUGGUGUCGCCGACAGAAGAUGCGAUGUGAUGCUCGUCAUCAAGUACCCUGCUUUCGUUGCCGGUCAACAGGUCGAGAUUGUAUCCUGGAUCCGAUUGAGGAUAACCGGCGGCGCAGUGAGCGACGCAGGAAAACAACCCCCGCACAAUAUAGUGGCUCAGUAGUAGCGUCCCCAUUGGAUCAAAGAAGUGGCUUUCACACCCCUAUCUCGAGGGAACAAGAAUAUUCUCCUCUCACAGGCCAGGAUGUUAGCUUUAAUGCCUCGAUUGACUCUCUCCCGGACUCGUCGGACUUGAGAAACCUACGGAGGUCUGUAACGGCCGAUCAUAAUGGUCCUGAGUCUCAACAAUUGAGUCCCAAUGACAUGAUCGCGCCGGUUUCGGCUGUUCAUUCUAUGUCUGUGAACCUACUUGGCUCUAACAACAUAUUCAUGGAACAUUCAACGAACGGUGACCCGAGAGGCGAUAUCAUUGCUCGUGGUAUCGUCACCGAGGAAAGAGCAAGAGUAAUGUAUGAACGAUUUACUGGCGGUAGUAAGAACUACCUCCCACUUUUCGAUCCGAUCCGAGAUACGUUUGACUCUAUUCGAUCCCGAUCUUUGUUCUGUUUCACCGUGAUUAUCUACUUGGCUAGUCGAGCAGUCAUGGACUUGCGGACUGAUACUCAUAUGCAACGAGUACUCCAGGAUGAAGCACAAAGAUUGGCCGAAGACAGCUUUUUUGAACGUCCGACCAAGCUUGAAACAGUCCAAGGAAUGAUCCUCCUUGCCGCUUACUCGGAGAAGACAUGGUUUUCAACAGCAUUGAUUUUACGCACAGCUCUUGACUCUGGUCUUGAGAAAUCAUUGGACACAUUGCUUUCACAAGAAAACAUCCCGCGCAGCUCACUCGCUGCUUCAAUGGAAGAUCGUCAGCUCGUAUGGCAAACCAGAACUUGGUUAAUUAGCUUCACGUUGGAGUUAGAUGUGGCUUCAGGAACGGGCCGGAAAUCGCGAAUAGGAGAGGUAGAUGUCACGAAACUGCGCAAGUUUCUAGAUUAUCCUCUUUCUUUACCUUGUGACAUGCGGACGGUGUGCAUCAUUGAAUUGCAUCAGCUUCGAGGACACUCGCGUAUUAUUCUCGAUAACUCCGUCACCGUUCGUGACAUUGUGGUGACUGAAUUACCUGCUAUAAUGACGAGGCUACAAAAUUGGUGGAUAACAUGGGAUGAUAUACACAACAACAACGGUUUCCAUGCUGGGGCUUUCCAGCGCAGUAGCUUGAAAUUAAUGCAUCUUUAUGCUAGAAUCUUUGUCCUAUGCGCUUCGCUAGCACGCAUUCAGAAGCUGCAGCCUACUUGUUCCAAUUCAGACUCAGAAAUAUUUGACCAGAAUGUACUGGAAUUGUGGCAGUCUCUAGUCCAGACAAUCAUGGACCAGCAGGAAUUCUUGAUUAAUGAGCCAUCCUACCGAUGCCAGUUAUCUUGGGCACCGACCUACCCAGCAUUGACUAUAGCUUUUGUUACCACUUUUGCGCUUCGCAUUGCACGCUGGCGGCCUAAUUUGAUUGAUCAAGACCUGCUUCUCGAGCGAGCGGAGAAAAUAUGUGACUUUUUGAAGCAACCGCCCUACCCGGAUAUCCACCGUACAGUUUCAAUAUUUGUCAACUACGCUCGAGCCUUGAUCGCAAGUCAACGUCCCAAAAGCCGUGAUAGUGCAGAUGGGCCCAACAUGUCUGAACAGAGUGAUGGGCCCGUGCCAUCCUACCAGGGUCUUGAUAGUCCUAUGGAGAAUGCCCCGCCUUUACCCACUAGCAUGGACGAUCCUCGGUACAGGGCCGGCACCGGGUUGCCGAGUGAUAGAGAUACAAACCUGGUCACCUUGCCAAACAAUGAUGGAACUGCAGCUCCUAGACCGCCCCUUCCAAGAAUGCCUGAUACUAUGGAAGCUCCUAAUUGGACUAUGUCUAAUUCUAUUGCGGAUUCCUUUGGGCUUUUCGAGGAGGGUCAAAACGACAUAUUUGAUUUCCUACCCAUGGUGCCUUCUUUGCCUCAGUGA